AUGGAUAGAGGGGAGGGAGCCACUGAAGAGGUACCUAUGGAGACAGGGGAGGGAGCGACAGGGGGUGGUGAUCCUCGGGAGCAUAUGAUAGCACAUUUUCAUACUCAAUUAACAGCAGCCGAGACACGGGUGGAGGAUCUAAAGGCAGAGGUUGCAGAGAGAGUGAGGGUUUUGGAGGGAGUACAAGGACAGGGGCCAUCUGUGGAGGCAUUGGCUAGGGAGACCUCCCAUCUAGAUGGAAAGCAUGUGGUAUUUGGAAAAGUAAUAAAAGGAAAGGGAGUUAUAAGGGAAAUUGAGCACAUUUCUACUGGUGACAAUGAUUGUCCCACGAUUGAUAUCAUAAUUGCAAACUGUGGAGAGAUACCAGAAGGUGAGGAUGAUGGUGUUGUUAACUUCUUUAAAGAUGGAGACAUAUAUCUAGAUUGGCCAUGUGAUUUGGAUGUGAAACAUGAAGAGCUAUCAUGGUGGAUAUCUGUAGUGGACUCUGCUAAAAGUUUUGGAAAUGAGCACUUCAAGGUGGUUUAG